GAACUCUGUAUGUGACUUUGUCUAGAUGCAGCUGUGUGGUUAUGUUAUAAUUAGUUAAGUUCUUAUCUCUGUAAGCCAGCUUGGGAGUGGUCGCAAUGAAUACAUCUGAUAAGACACCACAACCAUUACUAAAUACAGACAGCAAAGCUGGAAUACCCUAAAGACAGCAUGGCUUUACCACUGUACCUGAUUCUUGGAAACAUACUCUAUAUUGUUGUUUCCGGUUCGACUACCAUUCCCACUCUAUAUACAUCAGAUUAUAUUUCAACUUCACCUAGACACCAUGUUCAUGUGAUUACAGAUACUUAUACUACUGAGCUUGGUGAAACUACUCUGAAAUUGCACAGUCAUGUCAAAUCAGCCUCUGCUACACAUCUUGAUCAAAAGGUUACAGCUUCUAUUACUGAUUCUAUGAAAUUGAAGAAUGAGGUCACAUCAACCACUGGCUCCCUAGCAUCAUCCACUCCUAUCCAAAGAGUUACAGCUUCUUUUACUGAUAAACUUACAUCUUCUCUGGAAUUGAAGAAUGAUGUCACAUCAACCACUGCUUCACCUAGACACCAUGGUCAUAAGUCUGAUGAAACUACUCUGAUAUUGCACAGUCAUGACACAUCAGCCUUUGCUACAGCUGAACAAAAUGGUCAAGCGAUAUUGCAGGGUGUCACAUCAGCCUCUGUUGAACUAUCCAAACCAACAAUAAAAUGCCAAAGAGUAAACAGUUCAUGGGUGGAAAUAAUUUGUUUCUCAGUGAUUGUUAAUCCACCCAUUAAAUAUAAUGUGUUCUGGAAUUCUAAAAUUUAUGACACAAAAACCCAACAAGGUGCGAUGCCUGAGAAGAUUUUGAUUCCACUAACUUCUGGCAGCAAAGUUGAACUCAGCUGUGAAGCACAGAAAGGUUCUGUUACAAAGUACAGUGACCCACUGCUGAUUUGUGAAGAUGAAGCCAGUAACAAGGAGCCGGAAAAGCCACCGGAAGAGCAUGGAACAAGACAUCUCAUCAACAUAUCACGUCUCAUAACUUCAUGGGGACGUAAAACAGAGACCUAUAUUAUUUUAGCAGUCUGUGUCCCCAUAAUCAUCUUUACCUUGUGCGUGUUCAUCUUUGUCACAUUAUGCUGUUACAAAGAGAAGCAUGUUAAGUACCAUGUGUGAACUUAUUCCAUAUUUUAGAAUUAUGCCAAGAAUAUAUUAGACACAGAUAACAUGGAUAAUGCCUUACAAGUCUACGUUUGCUGUGUGUGUGAUUCUACUAUGCACUGGAUGCCAUACAAAUGUCCAAAACACGAUUGUAUCAUUUGUAAAAUGGUGUUGGACCAAUAUAUUUCCUUGAGUUUACCAAAUGUUCCAGGAAGAAGGAAUUAUUGUAUUGGAAUUGUUAUAAAAUGUUUUGAACCUGAUUGUGUUAGGUGAAUCCUUCGUAAUAUCAUUCUAUAUCAGGCUUUAGCUAGCAAUUUUCUGUUUUUUUUUUAAAAUUAUUUAGAAUUGUGCCACGACCACAAGUAUAUUAGCAGAUGGAGAACGUCUCACUUCAUUGUAUUAGCUGUGUGUGAUUUCAUGAUGUGCUUAAUGCCAUACAAAUGUACAGAAAAAGAUUGACAUUGUACCAUUUGGAAAAUUGUGUUUGAACACUAUGGGGCUGAUUCACUAAAUUCGAGUGAAGGAUUCGAAGUAAAAAAACUUUGAAUUUCGAAGUAUUUUUUGGGCUACUUCGACCAUCGAAUGGG